AUGGCUCAAGGAUUAAGGAUCAUAAUUCUGUUUGUUUACUUCUUGUUUAGUGUGAAAGGUGAAGGAAGUACUAGAGUGGGGUUCUAUUCUAAAACUUGUCCCACAGCAGAGAAGAUUGUCAGAUCCACAGUGGAAUCCCAUGUAAAUGCCAACGUAGGAAUUGCGGCUGGACUUCUCAGGCUUCACUUUCACGACUGCUUUGUUCAGGGUUGUGAUGGAUCAGUACUAAUAAGCGGCCAUUUGUCCGAGAGGACUGCCAUUCCCAAUUUGGGAGCGAGGGGGUUCGAAGUGAUCGAGGAUGCCAAGGCCAAAAUCGAGGCAAAAUGCCCUGGUGUUGUUUCUUGUGCAGAUAUACUUGCAAUUGCAGCAAGAGAUUCAGUAGUUCUGACUAAGGGGAUGAGCUGGUCUGUACCCACUGGAAGGAGAGAUGGAUUGAUUUCAUCUGCUUCAGAAGUACUUACCAAUCUUCCAUCGCCUGCAGAUUCAGUGAGUGUGCAGAAGGACAAAUUUGCUGCAAAGGGACUCACCACCGAGGAUCUUGUCACUCUUGUAGGAGGGCACACCAUCGGACAAACUGACUGCCAAUUUUUCAGAUAUCGUCUGUACAACUUCACGUCGACUGGAAAUGCUGAUCCAUCAAUAAACAUGGCGUUUGUAUCAGAGUUGCAGAGCCUUUGCCCUGCGGGUGGAGAUGCCACUAAACGGGUGGCGCUCGACAAUGGCAGCCAAAAUAACUUCGAUGCCAGCUUUUUUAAGAACAUACGAGACGGGAAAGGCGUGUUGGAAUCAGAUCAGAGGCUUUGGUCCGAUCCCUCCACAAAUAUAUUUGUGCAAAAGUACGCGGGAAGUAUAAGAGGUUUCAUCGGUUUCAGAUUCGGGAGUGCUUUUGGCAAAGCGAUGGUGAAAAUGGGCAACAUUGGAAUAAAGACUGGAACAGACGGGGAGAUCAGAAAAGUAUGUUCCAGAUUCAAUGCUUAA